CUGUCACCAAUUGAUACAUUUACAAACGUUUUGCAUAGCUAUCAACAAAAAACGAAUUGAAUUUCUUUGUGAAAAUAAUUUAAAUAGUUCCACUUGCGAUAUUUCUACUUCCAAUCAUCAUUUCUAAGUAAAGACAGUGAAAAAACAUAAUUUGACCGACGAUGUCUUACAUGCUACAGCAUUUACACAAUGGUUAUCAGGUCGACCAAGCAAUUUUAUCGGAAGAAGACCGUAUUGUGGUAAUUCGUUUUGGCCACGACUGGGACCCAGCCUGCAUGAAAAUGGACGAGGUACUGUACAGCAUUGCCGAGAAAGUGAAAAAUUUUGCCGUUUUCUAUUUGGUUGACAUCACUGAAGUAUCUGAUUUCAAUAAAAUGUAUGAAUUAUACGAUCCAUGUACGGUGAUGUUUUUCUUCCGCAAUAAGCACAUCAUGAUCGAUUUGGGAACGGGUAACAAUAACAAAAUCAAUUGGCCACUUGAAGACAAACAAGAAAUGGUUGACAUCGUUGAGACCGUAUAUCGUGGCGCUCGUAAGGGUCGUGGUUUAGUGGUCAGCCCAAAGGAUUAUUCCACCAAAUAUCGAUAUUAAACAAUUUUAUCACCAUUUUCUGUCUAUAUUUCAUUACUGUAUCUGCUAAAUUGUAAUUAAAAUAAACAAAUAACGUAUCUCUUUUGAAACUCAAAAAUA